UUUAUUACAAAGAUGUCUUAUUAGAAGUAUGGAAAAAGACAUGAAAUAAAGCAAUGAGUUGAAGGAUAAUUCUUUGUCUAAUCUUCAAAAUUUCAUGAUCAGCCCACCUUUGAGUUUGUCUGUUUCACAACCAAAAAUAAAAUCAUUUACUACUCCUUCCCCAAAAAUCAUCUUCUACUAUUCCCCGCGCUUUUUAAUUCUCUGCCAUUAAUUUCUGAUAUAUUUCACCUGCAAAACUUCAACUAUAUUUGGUGGGCAUUUAAUUGUUUUCCUUUCUUCUUCUGGCAAAAAUUUCUUCAAAGGGUUCACGUGCUGCGCCAAUCUUGUUCAACAUCUAGCUGAAAUGACACUCGUUCGUGUCAUGAUUUCUAUUAGAUCAUGUGCAUAAUUUUGUUCAGAGAUGGAGGCUUUAAAAAAUUUUCCUCCGGGAUUUUAGCUUCUUGAUUACGGAUUAUAAGAUUGUGUGUCGCGUUGUACUUGUUUUAAGCUCAUUGUGUUCAUUUUUUGUAUCAUCUCAGUGAUGUUGGUGUUAUGUGCUGUUUUUAGGAAGUCUGUUUUUGUGAUAGUGGCUGGUGGAAAUUGAUUUGGUAUAUAUGGAAACAUUAUUUGGCAUUCUGAGUAAUUAGAUUGUUGACAAGGUAGCCCAUCAAUCAUGCCUACUGAUUCUCUCAAAAAUCGGAGAGAGAUAAGAAGUUGUUUGGUAGAGGUUUCUGACACUGAAAAACGGCUUUGGGCAUGUUUCCACUCCAAAGGAGUGCUUCAUAAUGAUGCAAAAGAUCUGUACCGUAAGGCUUGUUGUAUAUAUGAGAAACUCUUCUUGAAUAAUAGUGAACUACCAGACCUUCAAAAUAUCGAAUAUCUUUUAUGGAGGCUUCACUACAAGCAUAUUGAUGAAUUUCGCAAGAUAAUAUCCCAAAGUUCGGCUAAGAGUGAGGAUAAGAUGGCUGCAACCAGCCAAAAGAAGGUUGCAAAUAAGGACAUUAUUGAUGCUCACAUGGAAGGAUUCAAAUCAUUUUUAUCAAAGGCGACUAAGUUUUAUCAAGAUUUAAUCAGAAAAAUUAAAAGAUUCUAUGGCCUUUUUGAUGAGCCUUGGUUUUAUAAGAAUGACAGAAGUGCUGGUUGCGUAGAACAGAGAGAAUUGCAUAAAUGCCAGUUUGUUUCUCAUCGUCUUUGUAUCUGUCUUGGGGAUCUUGCAAGAUACCAGGAACUGUAUGAAAAGCCCACUAUUCAGCAAAGAAACUGGUCUGUUGCUGCUAGUUACUACUUGGAAGCAGCUAAGAUUUACCCUGAUGGGGGAAACCCCCAAAAUCAGUUGGCAGUGCUGGCGACAUAUAUUGGGGAUGAAUUCCUUGCUUUAUACCACUGUAUAAGAAGUCUGGCUGUGAAAGAACCUUUCCAAGACGCCUUGCAAAACCUUAUGCUACUCUUUGAAAGGAAUAGGUCAAUUGACAUGGAAUCCAAGGCAAAUGAGCUGUACGACUUCUCCAAACCAUCCGAGUGGAUUUCCAGCCCUAAUAAAUUGGCACCUGCAAAUGGUGCGUCUUUAUAUUAUACUACACCGAAAGUCACUGAGCACAAUAAAUCUAUGCCAACUGAUGCCUGGAAUCUUAUUAUCAGAACAAAUAGUUUCUUCUUCUUAGAGUCCAGUUUGGAAAGCUUCCCUUCCACUUUUAGUUCCACUCUAAGAGAAUUGGAAGCAUUAUUGGCACUGGAUGUUUCCGAACUGAGCUCUGCAUUAGAAUCUUACCGGAAUAUGAACUUAUCUAAGGCAGGCCCUUACCGAGCCCUGCACAUUAUCACUGUCCUGAUUUUUAUCAUCCACAACCUAGCUGAACCUCCAGAGAAGAAGUUUCUCAAACCAAAAAAUGAGAUGCAGCAAUCCAUGCUAGUAAAGUUGGCUUUGACUAUCGCAUUCACAUUCAUGGGCCGCUUUGUUGAUCGAUGUUUGAAGGGAAGCCCCGUGAUUUACUUCCCUCUUCUACCUGCUGUGCUUGUGUUUGUGGAAUGGUUGGUGGGGGCUGCUGAUAAAGUAGAUGUUAAUGAUGAGAAGUGUGAUAGUGCGAGGCGCUACUUCUUUAGCUCUUUUGUAGACCUACUGAACCAACUCCAACAAAACAGGGCUCAAAAUACUUUUCCUGAUCAUAUAGCUCUGUGGGAAGAUUAUGAAUUGAGGGGAUUUGUACCUUUAUUGCAUACUCACAACUCAUUGGAUUUUUCAAGUCAUUGGGAAGAAGAAAUUAAUUAUAAAAUGAGGAACGAAUAUCGUGCUCAUCGUAUUGUUAAAGCAGCAAUAAAGAUUGCAAAGGAACCAGCUGGUUGUACUCGAAAAUGGCUAUUUUAUGAUGACGUCAGUAGAAUUUUCAGUGCAUUGGAGGCAGUAGAUAGUGGAAAAUCAGCUGUGGUAGAUGAAGAAGAAGACAUUGUGUUUAAGCCAAUCACUCGACGUAAUUCAGAACCAAUACAAAAAGAACCAAAAACAGAAGCUUCUGAUGAAUGCUUGCGCCGUGCUUCUUCACUUCUUGUAGCCCAAAACCGAGAUUUAUUCAACUCAACUUCCAGCUCUUCUAAUUUCUUUCCCAGCUCCAGUAAUCAAGCCGCUCAAAAUGAACAUCAUAGUUCUACAAAUAGCACAAUUUCUGAGGGUCCCAUUACUCCCAUAGCUGCUGGGCCUCCAUCACUUAGCUCAUGGGUUCUUAAUGGGGAAAAAAUUUCCAAUGAAAGAACAAAGGGUAGGGAUGCUGAUAGAAGUGUUUUAGAACCCAUUGAGGAGGCAGUGGCUUCAGACGGGUUGAUGAGAAGUCUUUCUCUGUCCACCAGCGAUAGCUCUGGCCCUGCAUCUCCAGUAGCAUCUCCUCCGCCUUGCUCUACUCCCACACCUCCUGCCCCGUUAUUACCUAGUAACGCCGUGUGGUUCAUAAAUGCAGCAACUCAUCAACCAGUGAAUUUUUCUUCAUAUCCCCCGAAUGGUCCACAAGCAAGCCCUGGUCUCCCUAGCUUUAGUGAUAGCUCCUCGCCAUGGAGCAGGCCCCAGUUCCCUAAGCUUGGAAAUCACAAUCUGCCAUGGGUCCCCAAUCACGCCAUGCAAGAUCAAUGCACUGCAUCUAGAGAUUUCAAUAGCAAUCGUGGCUCUGAGCCUUCAAGUUUUGGCCUCUUUGACAAUUGGAGGUGUAAUAAUUCGUGGGGUUCUGCAGGAACCAUGUAUGUGGAUGGCGGUCCACCAUUAUUUCUUCCGAGCUCUUCACUUCUUCAUGGGUUACAGGAUCAUCAUCAAAGAGCGAAGCCCUAUGUUUCCCCUGAAAUUACAAACACAAGACCAGAGCCACAGCCACUUCUGCAGUACCUUAAGGAAAGAGAGUGGCAGCUACAGCAGAAUUCACCAUUCACAGGUUCUCCUUAUAUGCAUAAAUGAUGUAUUCAAACAUUCCAAAGUGUGAUUAUAUAGAGUUCGAUUUGAAGAAAUAAUAAUUACUGUAGGAACUGAUCUAGUGAUCUGUGAACUUUUCCAUAGACCCUUAAACAGUUUUUAAGAGGUCCACACUGAGUGCUAAGAUUGUGAAUGCAUAUGAUGUACAUAAUUAACAAACUCUUGUCAGGAUUUCGAUGCAUUUGCGAGCUUAAUGGAAGAAUAAAGGGAGCUAAUUCAA